GGCGUCUCUUUCAAGCUUUUGUUCCCUGCAUUAAUUAUUUCAGAGCUAUUCAGGUUCAAAUGCCAUUAUUUCCGCUGCUUUCAACUGCUUGCUGUCUAUCUGAACUGGGCCUUCUUGCCAUGAGGGGGAAGGUUAUUUAGGGAAACGUUUAUUGGGCUAAACGCGGUAACAACAGAAGAAAAGGAAGCACUUGAUUAAAAAUACAGAUCGUAUCGUUUGACAAAAGCCCUAAAGGGACACUUUUGCCACGUGACACGAAAACAAUAGCUUUUACUUUGGAACAAUAGUCAUCGCUUUGUUUAUUGCGAGCUAGAGACAGCAUCAUGGCCACUGAAUGCGAUGUAAAACCAACGAUUUCUACACUGGGAAUUGGACCGGACAACGUCGGGAAAGAAGGCAAUCCUCUUUCAGCAACCGACGGCGAAAACAAAGUGUGGCAAGCGAACAUAGACAUGGAUGCGAUCGCGCGACCCGAUGUUGCCAAACACAGCAAUGGCGUCGGACAAGCAGCGAGCGUCGCACACGAAAGCGGUAAAGGAGAACACAUUAACGAUAUCGGCAACGAAGCAAAACCUCUUUCAGAAGACGAAAGUAAGACAAAAUGGCCGGCCACGUUCGAUAUGGAGGCAAUCGCCCGAGCGGAGUUGGCGAAAGACAACCAGAGUCGCCACGAGGCUUUGGCCAAACAAUUUUCGUUAGAAAGCGGCAAAGAAGGGCAUAUUAAAAGGCCGAUGAAUAGUUUUAUGAUCUGGGCCCAAUCAAUGAGAAGACAACUAGCUGAACAAUACCCUCACGUUCAUAACGCAGAGUUGAGUAAAAUGCUAGGAAAAUUAUGGCGCAUGUUACCCGCUGAUAAGAAACAGCCCUAUGUCGAAGAGGCAGCCAAACUGGACAAGCAACACAAGCGAGAUAAUCCCGGCUAUAAAUACAAACCAAAACGUCGCCAACGAGGAAUGAAACGUCCUUAUGGUCAAUACACUAACAUCUCGCAAGGUGGCCUACCUAGCCCUUGGCAAGAAACACAAUAUUCUAAUGUCACCGUGCUGAAACAUACAAAUCAAGCUACCUCGACGAUCAUUACACAAGUCCCGGGCUCUGGAAAAAACAAUUUAAAUACUCCUUAUGUGUUUGUACAAGGCGGGAGUGUAAUUAUUAGGCCCAACACGACAAACGGCCAGACUGCAGUGGUUCAACAGGCUCCUGUAACUGCAAACGGCUCCGAAGUGGUUCAUGUUGUAACGCAACCCAUCGCACAGACAGUGCCGAUUGAAAACGGUGCAGAACACGGGGUGAUCAAUAUUAAACGAGAGCCAGUCGAAAUGCCUGCUUCCCCUCCUCAUGCAAAACUCUCUCCGACUUAUGGCAGCUCGCAUGUUCAAACUUCGGUUAUCAAAAGUAAUGAAUCGAACAAUAACGAACGUGUUUCACCCAUUGUUGAAACAAAUAUGAUGAAAACUGUUGAGCAGAACGAUACUAAUAUUAACAUUGGGAAGGCGUACAGAAUAUAGUAGCCAAAACACGAAAGGUAUGCAAGUGCUGGUAAUACUGAUUUGACGAUUUUAAAAAAUUUCCCUCUACGGUGCUUACACAGAUUUAUUGUAACGUGUACAUGUUGCGUUGAACAGAUUUUAGUAUAGGUUUUUGUUUUAUAUUGUUUGAAUAGGCAAGACGACCGAUAGCAAUAUAUCGGAAAUAUUUGCGAGCUUUUGACACCUUUGUUUGGCAUAGUUCUGUUUCCGUUUUAAUUUAAAAAAGAUAUUUUGUCUGUGCCGACACCUGCGGGCAAAUACAAUAAUGAAAUGUUGCUACGCGUUAGACAAAAACACAGUUUUGUUAAUUCUUUCACAAAUAGACGGCUAUUUUAAGUUCCAAGAUAGCUUAUUUUGUCAUAGUUUACAUAACUUCCACUGUGGAGCCAGAUUACUUCUUUGUUCAUUUGUCUUAGGAGGAAAUUCCUUGAAUACUUCAGAAAUAAUUUAAUCAACCUGGAGGUCAAUAGUUGAUUCUAGAUUGUUUUAUUGUCAUUACAUUUCAAAAUGUUUAUGACAGUAUAUUACAGUUCAUUUUCCUUGCGGAACUUAAAACUAUUAUUCCGAAAUUGAAUUACCAAGUAAAAUCACCAUGAAUCAUGGUACCAUAACGAUUAUGUCUGGUCUAACGAUGGUAGUCAUGAGAUGGUGUAAAAUGGUUUGUUUUUUAAAAGAUUUGUUCAAACUUGUUUUUCCAAGUAUGGUCAAUGAUAAGUUCAAACGUUAAACAUUAAAUCUAAUUAUUGAUCUUUUGAUGGCUAUGAGUAUUCAGGUUUUAAUUUGACCAUAGUAAAUUGGCACUGAUAUACUCAAAAACUCUCAAAGUAUAAUUUAUUAGGCGGUCUGAGGUAAAUUGUUCAUGUAAACUCUGUUGAUUAAUUCAUUCAUGUCUGGUCAAGCAAAGGCUCUUGAUGAAAGGCAUGGUCAGGCUACAAAUAAAUACUUCCACCAUACAGUAUCGGCUUACCGUUGAUUUGAUUUAAUUAUUGUCUGAAUACUCUAUUGUGCAAAAUAUAUAGAUGACCUGUUUUCAUGUGGUAGUAAUUAACAUAUAAAUGCCCAUAUAUAUUCACUGCGAAAAAUAAGUUAAAGAAUGACGAGAAAUAGCUGUUGUCUAUUAAAACUAUUCAGUAUUUUAAAUACUGAGGACUGUGGUUUAACGUGUGGCAGAAUUUCAUGUAAGAAUUUUCACUGCUAAUCAAAACACCAAUUUAAGUAUUUUAUACAAAUGCACCACAGAUUUAUAGCAUUUGUAUCUAAAAGUAUCAAUCAUAUUUUGAAAAUGCUUUGAAGCAAUUCACAUUUUUGGCAUACUCAAAACAUUGAAUUAAAAUGUUCAAGUUUCAUUAUCUGUAGUGAAAAAGCACAAACAAACUGAGUGAUAAAAAACAUCUAUUUAUUACAACGACCAAAAAAAUCUUUUCUACUUCUGAGGGCAAACCAUAUUUAUAUUUUAUACAGAUCAUGGACUAGUGCUUCAACAAUGUAAAAUGUAUUUCGACAAAUUAGUAAUAUAUAAUUAGAUGAUUGUUGGUAUAUAUGUCUAAAUGAAUAUGGUUUGUAGCAGAACAGGAUCUUGUAGAUGAUGACGAGAGCAGUUGAUCAUAAGUUUAUGUUAACUGCUCAAUUUAUACAUAAAACUACUGACAUCAGAGUUUAGUUUACACAUGCUUGUUACAAACUUUUUUGCACGUUAUAAGAUGGUUAUUUCCUCUGUUGACCAUCAUGGUCCGUACAUCAAUGUUCAACCAUGGCAGCUACUUAAAUGCUGCCAAGUGAAAAACAUGAAAACAUGCAUGUGUUAACACUCUGUGCCUAGCUUUAGAUAAACAUUAGUUAGUCGUUUUUACCUUGUAUUUAGUUUUAGUAUUCCCAAUGUUUUUGUUUGCAUGAUUUCAACAUUAUUUAUGAUAUACUGUGUGAAAGCUAAUUUAUAUAACCAGUUGAAGAGUCAUCUUAAUGGAAAAAACUGAUUUCAUUCUAAAAUAUCCAAACCUGACAAAACUAGACUUUCUUCAAAAACAUGAUAAAUGCCUAUUUAUUUACUUUAGUGUGGCCAAAUUGCUUCAGUUUUUUCUAGGACUUGAGACUCUUCAUAAUUAGUAUAUUUUGACACAAUUGACAAUGUUGUACAAUUGUAUUAAAGGUUUUAUCCCAGUUGGUCCGUAGUUUUUUAUGCUUCUUAAUAAAUCUGGCUUAUGUAGUAAAUGUUUUAAAGUUCAAUGGGUUGAAUUAGUAAUGGUGAACUUGUUGAAAUAAAAUACCUUUUUACCUGA